AUGGGUGACGCCGUUGCCGUUCAGGUCGAACUGCACGCCAUGGGCUGCGGACAGCGUCUCGAUGCCGUUUCCGUUCAGGUCCAGCACCAGCGGUGUCGACGACAUCAGCGCGUUGAACUGGUCGGUGCUCAUCGCGUGGGUCUGGUCCGACGUCAGCGCCAAGGUCUGGGUCAUGUUCAUGGCCGCCAGAUCCCGGGUCUCGAAGGCCUGGAUCUGAUCGGUCGUGAACGCCUGGAUGUGGUCUGUCGUCAGCCCUGCGAUCGCCGCCGUGCUGAAGGCCGCGAUGUCUUGCGUCUCGAUGGCACGGAUGUGGUCCGUCGUGAACGCGCCGAGCUGGGUCGAUGUCAGCGCCGCGAAGUGUUGCGUGUCCAGCGCCUGGAUGCUGUCGGUGCUCAGCGCCUGCAACUGGGCCGUGCUCAGCACGUGGAACUGGGUCGUCGUCAGCGCGUGGAUGUCCGCGCUUUCCAUCGUCGACAUCUGGCUGGUCGUCAGCGCAGAGAUCUGCAUCGUCGACAGGGCCUGGAUCUGGAUGCUCGUCAGCGCGUUGAGGUCAUCGCUGACGAGGCCGGCGAUCUGGCUGGUGCUGGGCCGUGGUCAAGGCGCGCAGGGCGGCGGUGCCGAGGGCACGCAGGAUCCUGCGUCUCGAUGGCGGCCAUCUGGUCCGUCGACAGGCCGGCGACCUGGCGCGAGUUCAGCGCGGCGAACUGCGCCGUGUCCAUCGCCACGAUGUUGUCGGUGCUCAGCGCGCCGAGCUGGGCCGAGGUCAGCGCGCGAUCUGGUCCGGUGGCUCAGCGCGGCGACAUCGGCGCUCUCCAUCGUCGAGAUCUGGGCCGUGGUCAGCGCGGCGAGCUGGGCGGUGCUCAGGGCGCGGAUCUGGCCGGAGGUCAGGGCGUUCAGGUCAUCGCUGACGAGGCCGGCGAUCUGGAUGGUGGUCAGCGAGGCGACCUGCUGCGUGGACAGUGCGCCGAUCUGGUCGGAGUUCAGCGCUUCCAGUUGGGCCGUGGUCAGCGCACGCAGGGCGGCGGUGCCGAGGACACGCAGGUCCUGCGUCUCGAUGGCGGCCAUCUGCGCAGCGAUCUGGCCCGUGGUCAGCGCGGCGACGUCGGCGCUCUCCAUCGUCGAGACCUGCGAUGUCGUCAGCGCGGCGACCUGGGCCGUGCUCAGCGCACGGAUCUGGCCGGAGGUCAGGGCGUUCAGGUCAUCGCUGACGAGGCCGGCGAUCUGGAUGGUGCGCUUCCAGUUGGGCCGUGGUCAGCGCACGCAGGGCGGCGGUGCCGAGGGCACGCAGGUCCUGCGUCUCGAUGGCGGCCAUCUGGUCCGUCGACAGGCCGGCGACCUGGCGGAGUUCAGCGCGGCGAACUGCGCCGUGUCCAUGGCCACGACGUUGUCGGUGCUCAGCGCGCCGAGCUGUGCGGAGCUCAGGGCCGCGAUCUGGGCGGUGGUCAGCGCGGCGACGUCGGCGGUCUCCAUCGUCGAGACCUGCGAUGUCGUCAGCGCGGCGACCUGGGCCGUGCUCAGCGCACGGAUCUGGCCGGAGGUCAGGGCGUUCAGGUCAUCGCUGACGAGGCCGGCGAUCUGGCUGGUGGUCAGCGAGGCGACCUGCUGCGUGGACAGCGCACCGAUCUGGUCGGAGUUGAGCGCUUCCAGUUCGCGGCGAACUGGUUGGUCUCCAUCGCGGCGAUGUUGGCCGUGCUCAGUGCGCCGAGCUGCGCAGAGCUCAGGGCAGCGAUCUGGCGAGGUGGUCAGCGCGGCGACGUCGGCGCUCUCCAUCGUCGAGACCUGCCCGUCGUCAGCGCGGCGAUCUGGGCCGUGCUCAGCGCGCGGAUCUGGCCGGAGGUGAGGCGCGUUCAGGUCAUCGCUGACGAGGCCGGCGAUCUGGAUGGUGGUCAGCGAGGCGACCUGCUGCGUGGACAGCGCACCGAUCUGGUCGGAGCUCAGCGCUUCCAGCUGGGCGGUGGUCAGCGCACGCAGGGCGGCGGUGCCGAGGCACGCGCAGGUCCUGCGUCUCGAUGGCGGCCAUCUGGUCCGUCGACAGGCCGGCGACCUGGACGGAGUUCAGCGCGGCGACUGCGCCGUGCCAGUGCGACGACGUUGUCGGUGCUCAGCGCGCCGAUCUGUGCCGAAUUCAGCGCAGCGAUCUGGCCCGUGGCCAGCGCGGCGACGUCGGCGCUCUCCAUCGUCGAGAUCUGGCCCGUGCUGUCGCGCCUGGCGGCAAUCGACGGCGUCGCGCAGGCCCAUGCCCAGUACGCCGUGGCGAAUGACAGCUCGGCCGUGGAGGAGACGCCCGGCCUGCCGUGUUUCAGCGGCGCCACCUUGACCCAACGCCUCGCGGCGGCUGGCGUCGUGCCUGCCGAUGCACCGGGCCUGCGCACGAGCAGCGAGAUCGUCGUCGGCUUCACCGUUUCCGGUGGCAUGGAGUUGCAGCCCUGGGACAUCGUGAACGACGCGCUGCACAACCUCUACGGUCGCACCUUCCUGUUUGACCCGCGGAUGCAGCAGAUCGGCCUGGGCUUCUCCGCUGAACCGAACGGCCAGCGCCGCGUGAUCGUGCUCGACACCGCCAUGCUGCCGGCCUCGGCGGCCGUCAGCGCCGAUGUCUGGGCCGUCUGGCCGCGCGACGGGGCCACGGGCCUGCCGACGCAGAUGCGCUCGUCCAACGUGAAGCCGCUGGCCGACGGCAUCGUCGAGGGCUAUCCCAUCACGCUGCAUGCCGCGGCGGCCGUGAAGGUCAGCCGCUUCGUCAUCACCACCGCCAGCAGCGGCGCGCCGGUCGAAGCAACCGCGCUGACCGCCGCCAACGACCGCAACCGCCUGCUGACCGAGGGCGAAGCUGCCCUCGUGCCCCACGCACCGCUUGCUGCCGGCACCACCUACCGUGUCGAGUUCGAAGGCAGCGCCGACGCCGACCGCGAGGCCUACACGCUGGCCGCGGCCAUGGCCGUGCAGGCGGCGCUGCUGGCGGGCGUGCUGUACCUGCUCGCGGCGCGCAUGGUGUCGCGCCCCAUCGUGCGCAUGGCCAGCGCGCUGCGCCGCAUGACACCGGGCUCCAGCGAGCGGCUGGAGACGCCGGCCGACCACGCCGAGGACGAGAUCGGCAUGCUGAUCGCCGGCGCCAACUCGCUGCUCGAAUCCAACGAGCGCCAGCUGCAGACCGAGCGCGGCCUGCGCGCCGAGGUCGAGGCGAUGGAGGCGCAGUACCGCCAGAUCUUCGACUCCAGCAGCGCGGGCAUCUUCGUGCUGAACGAGGCCGGCCGCCUCAUCAACGGCAACCCGACGGUGUCGCGCGUGGUGGGCCUGUCGAUGGACGAGCUGCGCACGUUGAGCGAGGACGGCUUCAUCAGCCGCGUCUUCAACCGGCCCGAGCAGGUGCGGCAGAUGAUCGACGAGGCCACGGCCCGUGGCGAGACCAUGUCGGCCGACCUGGAGCUGGUGCAGCUCGGCGACGAGCGGCGCUGGGUCCAUUGCCUCAUCUCCGUGCAGCAUGCCGACGGGCAGACGGUCGAGGGCGUCAUCUACGACAUCACCGAGCGCAAGACCGACGAGAACGCCCGCGGCGAUGAGCCGGGCGGUGUCGGCGAUGUUGGUCUCGACCAGCGCAUUGGGCUCGGCCUGCGUGGACCAGAACUCCGUCAGCGCCAGCACCGUGUCCAGCCGGGCCGCGGCCACCGCUUCGACGACGAGCUGGUGCACGCCGCGGUGGCUGGGGUUGUCGUCCAGCGCAUGCGGGGCCAGCACGAGGGCAGGGCGAUGUUCGGUGAGCAGGCGCGCCAGCGCGUCGACAUGCUCGGGCUUGACGGCAUCGGCACGCACGUCCGACAGGCCGUCCUCCCCGACGCGGAUGCAGCCGAAGCCGAGCACGGCGCAGGCGUCCUGCAGUUCGGCCCAGCGCGGCGCGCGGCGCUCGGGGUUGCUGCCCAGCGUGACGGCGACGUUGCUGACGCGCCAGCCGGCCUCCUGCGCCAGCCGCAGCGGCAGCGCGCCGACGAUGCACUCGUCGUCCGGGUCGCCGUGCUGUGGGUGGACGAGAACUCGCUGCCCAACCGCAAGCUGGACGCGCUGGCCCGCAUGACCCAGCAACUGAUGGGCGAGCGGGCGCGCGACGUGGCGAGCUUCAAGUUCAAGGAAGGCGGCCGGCCUAGCCUGGCCGUCAUCGGCCCGUCGUCCACCGACGCGUUGCGCAUGGCGCUGGCCGACCUGCGCUGCGCGGCCGACCGCGCCAGUGCCGCGGAACAACCUGGCACUGGAGCCCGAGGUGCAGGAGGGCUACCGGCUGCUGUCGCGCGCGGAGUUCUACAACUCGGCGUCGACGGCGCCCAACCGCAUGCUGGCCGAGCUGAACAAGCAGGACCUGGACGCCUUCGUCACGGAACAGUUCGGCCGCAUCACCGGCGAGAACCGCAGCGUGGUGCUGCAGCGCACGGUGGGCAACGAUGGCGACCUGAUCCGCAAGCUGGACGCCGAGAUCCGCCUGCGCCUGUCGGCCGAGAGCCGGCGCCGCGUCAUCGUCGUCGCGGAGCGGGACUCGCUCUACGCGCAGUCGCUGGUGGCCGAGCUCAAGCACCGGCUGGGGCAGGGCGGGCAGGACCGGCUGCAGUUGGAGGUGGUGUAUUUCUUCCGCGGGCUGGACGGUGUCACAUCGCGCGAGACGAGCGCCGCGCCCACGCAGAACAAGACUGCGCAGACGCUGGAAUGGCCCGAGAGCCGCGACCAGCUCGACUACCUGCGCCGCCUGGGCACCGACCUCAAGCGCAGCGAGACCAAUGCCGAACUGCCGCCCAUCGGCGCCAUCGGCAUCUUCGCCAACGACGUGCACGACAAGCUGCUCGUGCUGCAGGCCCUGCACGAGGACUUCUCCGACCGCAUGUUCUUCACGACGGACAUGGACGCGCGCUACCUGCACCCGCGCACGCAGGCCUUCACGCGCAACCUUGUCGUGGCGAGCAGCCUGCCGCUGGCGUUCUACCCGCCGUCCCUGGCGGCCACCAAGGCGGGCUCCGAGCCUGC